AUGGCAAUAUUAGGUGAAUGUCAGGGGAAUGAUGUAUUUACAAUUGGUGCAAUAAUAUUUUUAAAUUGUUUAAAAUUUCAUGAAAUUAUUAGUAAGUUAGACCGGUACAGGAUGCUCUACUUAAACGUUCUGAAGCAAUCAACUAUAGUUCAUUUAUGUUUUGCUAUAUCAUAUUUUACUUCAGGCUUAAUAUUAAGUCUUGUUCAAGCAGUUUUAUUUUUUAGCCUUAAGCCUUUCAAUAAAGUAUUAUACAGAAAAAUAAAUUAUUACCUGUCAUACUCAUUUUACUGUCAAUUAGUGUUUAUGUCUGAAUGGUGGUCAGGGACAAAGUUGUCCAUAUACAUAAAGAAGGAUGAAUAUGAUAGAUACUAUGGGAAAGAACAUGGCUAUCUUAUUAUGAACCAUAGUUAUGAAGUAGACUGGCUCAUGGGUUGGCACUUCUGUGACGGUAUCAAAGUUUUAGGAAACUGUAAAGCCUAUGCGAAAAAAUCUAUACAGUAUUUACCACCCAUUGGUUGGAUAUGGAAAUUUUCGGAGUUCGUAUUUUUAGAACGGUCAUUCGAUAAAGAUAAGGAAAUAAUCAAGAAGCAGAUAUCAGAAAUUUGUGAUUAUCCGGAUCCUGUAUGGCUAUUGAUGACACCAGAAGGCACGCGCUUUACGAAGAAGAAACAUGAAGCUUCGCUUAGUUUCGCCAAAGAAAAAAAUCUCCCCUUACUCAAACAUCACUUAACACCUCGCACAAGAGGAUUUACCACCAGCUUACAAUACUUUAGAGGGAAAAUACCCGCCAUUUAUAACAUACAAUUGGCCUUCGAGAAGGAUAGCAAGGUUCCACCGACCUUGACAAGCAUGUUAUACGGCAAGCCGGUACACGCUCAUCUGUACAUUGAAAGAAUUCCCGUAGAAACUGUUCCCGAAGAUGAAGCGGAGGCAACUAAAUGGCUGCACGAUUUAUUUGUCGUAAAGGAUAAAAUGCAAGAUUCCUUUAUGAAUACGGGCGAUUUCUUCCAAGAGUCUGGUGUAGAGAGAGUUGCUCCCUUCCAACGGCCUAAACGUAUCUAUUCAUUGUUGAACACUCUCGGAUGGGCGGUUAUUACUUUAACACCAAUGCUGUAUUACCUUUUGGGGCUUUUGUUUAGCGGAAAACUCCUAUAUUUCUCUAUUGGCGGAGCUAUAUUAGCUGCAUUUUAUAUUCUUCUUCAGAAGUCCAUUGGAAUGUCUAAGAUCAGUCAAGGUUCGUCAUAUGGAGCGGAAAAAAAG